CCAGGUAUAAAUACGCGGCUGAAGUAUCGACAUAUUAUAGUGCAAGGAAAAACAUUUUCCGGAAUCCGUGCAUCUCAAAGUAUUCUUAAAGAAUAAUAAAAUGAAGAAAUUUCUUGUGCUCAUCGCAUGUUUGCUAGCAGUGGUCUGUGCCGAUAAUCCUGAAGCAGUAAAGGAUUUCUAUGAUAACAGCGCAAAGUGUACCCAGGAGUUAAAUAAACCGCAGAAUGAUAUUGAUGUACUCAUGUGCAUUCUUCGCAAACACGGCUUGAUCGAUAAUGAUGAUAAAUAUUUACUAGACAAAGGUCUAGCAUAUCUUGAUGAACUUAUUUCUGAUGAAGCCAAAAGAAACCAAGCAAAAGAAACUAUCCGCAAAUGUUAUAAUGAUAAUGUCAAAUAUGACGGUUCACAACCUAACCUGGAAUUCACAAAGAAGGGCAUACAGUGUGCACAAUCAGUAUUGGCUCUCAUUGAUAAACCCUAAUAAUGGAA